GCACAGGUGGGUAUAAUAUGUAAUUUAAUAUCGUGCCGCCAGUCCCACGCUCAGUACCUACCUGUUAUAAUACUGGUUACUGUAUAGACUAAUAUUUUCAAUAAUUUCAAUAAACAUUGAAAUUAUAAGUCGCACUGUUAUACUCCUAAAUUCGAUAUUAUAAUACGCGUUAUAAUAUUAAUAAAUUAGUAGUGAUCUUUGGUUUUUUUCUUUACCUCUCAAAUAUCAACAUGGUCAGGACCAAGCAAUCAGUGAGCUAUAAGAUUUCCAUUGGGAAAGUGCCUAAAAUUGCUGCGUGCAAAGCGGCCAGUAACUGCAGUAGUUCGUCAUCGUCUGGACAUAAAUCAGAGUCGUCUCCGUCCACAUCCAAAAACAAAUACUCGGGUGGUGGCAAUCCAGUGCACCCCAGAGAGAUUCCGGUUUGGCAGAAAGAGAUCACGUGCUUUUUCCAGGUGAAAAACGACGAACUACCACUGCCGUCGGCCAACGGCGAGGACGAGGACGAUGACGUCGUCGAAGUACCACCGCAAGAAAUGAUGCAGGCCGGAUCGUCGAAAAUGUAGUACAGAACAAGACGUUUUUUAUUUAUUUUAUACUUGCGAAUUUCCUAUUAGAAACUGACUUGAAGUCGUGUAUGGCCAAGAUUUUGUAUAAUAUUACGCAUUAAUAGUUUAAUGUGAGUUCUUAUACUCGCAAGAAGUAUUUAUUUUUUAAUUGGAUUUUUUUACCAUAUGUCUUUAUACCUUUUUAUGUAUAGGUAGUAGGUACAAUAUUAUAUUAUUCGCGUUCGUUCUGUUCAGUCAUACGUUUACAUUCAUUUUAUAUUUAAUAAGCCAAUGUGUACACAAUAUAACGAACAAUAAUACAAUUUAAAUUUAUUUUUAUUUUUCAAUAUUGGAUAAACAAAAAUGAAAUAUAUUUACUCGAUAGCAAUAUCGUUAUGUAUAUCAGCUAGACUGGCUCGGCUCGGCUGUUGUGUAUAAGAUAUGUUUUUAAAGAACCGAAGAGAAAUGUCAUUUUUGUUUUAUUACUCUCCCUCAAAAUUAAAUGUUUAACUUUUAUUUUAA